AUGGAAGAAGACAGACUGGGAAUGCGCAUUCUGUCAGAGACAAUAGAAAUCGUGAAGGAUGAGAAGGGAUUGGUUGGCAUCUCGAUAGGUGGUGGCUACCCCUAUUGUCCCUGUGUGUAUGUGGUACAAAUAUUCGACAGGUCUCCAGCAGAAGCUGAUAGCAGGAUUCGAGCAGGAGAUGAGAUAGUGGCGGUAAACGGAAUUUCUGUGAAGGGCGAGCGAAAAUCGACAGUGGCUCAAUUAAUCCAGUGCAGCACAAAUCCUGUCAAGAUCACCAUCAACAAAUUGGAGGCUGAUUCCUCAAAAGGAAAGACGCUGGAUAUUAUUAUGAAAAAGAUCAAACAUAAGAUUGUGGAGUUCAUGGACACAGAUUCUGCAGAUGCGUUGGGCCUCUCGAGAGCCAUUCUCUGCAAUGAUCCGUUGCUGAAAAAGAUGAAGAUCCUCGAAGACAACACUUUACUUUAUCGGAAUAUGAUUGGAUAUUUCGAAGAUCUCUUCUACUUACAGGAAAAAGUUAGUUACUACCAAAAAGAAUUUGGGGAUAUAUUCUGUGAACUGGCGGCCCACGAGGCACAUGCUAACGCUAAUGAGGCGUUCAGCGAAUUCGGUGUCGCUCAUCGUCGUCUAAGUAAAAAACAAAGCGAUUCCUUGAACAACCUGCGACCACUUAUCGCCGACUUUGUUACUUAUGUCGACAAAGUUGUACCCGAUACCCAACUCACUCUGAAGAAAUAUCUGGACGUCAAAUAUGAAUACUUAUCGUAUUGCUUAAAGCUGAAAGAAAUGGACGAUGAGGAACUGGAGUACCACACCCUCAACGAAGGACUCUAUCGCGUAGAAACUGGAAAUUAUGAGUACAGGCUAAUGCUUCGCUGUCGCCAGGAAGCGAGGGAAAAAUUCAUGCAAAUGCGAAAUGAUGUUAUGAUCAAAAUUGAAUUACUCGAUCAGAAGCACGUACGAGAUAUUGCGCUACAUCUGGCCAAUCUCGCCUCUGUUAUGAAAAAUUGCCUCGCAGAAUGCUCAUCGUUACUUCAGAACACUCAGAACUCGCCUGUUGAAAUUGACAUCACACAAGGAGGGACGGAGUUGGAUCUACACGAGAAUUCGACCGAAGACUGCAAUGACUCUGCUAAUGAAUUCACCGAAGAGCCACUCAUCAGCACAUCACCACAUGGCGAAAUGGUCAACGCAGUCAAUCUCAUUGACAUAAACUAG